AUCCAUUCAUUGUUCCCCGCUCCCUGGACAUGCUGUUUGGUUGCUUCGGUUGUGAAUCAGAAAGUUGAAGCUUAACCAGCUUAAUUGCGGUGAUAUCCACCAACUGGUUGUGGACCAGUUUUAAUUCAUCGUCUUAAGGACGCUAUGUUAGCGAGGCAUGUGGAGCUCCUGCGGGCCGCGUAUCGCUGCCUCGGUCAUAGCAGCGUGCGCUCGCAGACGUUAUGCUCGUCGUCUGCACCAACACGCAGGGACGGAGACGUCGAGAAGGUGAAACGCAACAUCGAAAACGGGCCGUCGCUGCAGCAUUUCAUCGCAAACUCGCUCAGCGAGAAGCAGAACGACCUGACUGAAGGUGCAGAAGCGCCUCAUCCCUACGUUCGAGAGCCGGACGUGCGAGUGCGGAACAGGAGCGUCUACUUUGAAACCUACGGAUGCCAGAUGAAUGUCAACGACACAGAAGUGGCCUGGUCUGUUCUGAAGAGCGCCGGGUUUACAAAGACGGAAGACGUGAAUGUGGCUGACGUCGUUCUCAUCAUGACCUGUGCCAUCCGCGAGGGUGCAGAGUCCAAAAUCUGGUCGAGGAUAAACCAGCUAAAGGCCCUCAAGAAGGCCCGCAGGAGGAGUUCAAGAGGACCCAUGCAGAUUGGAAUACUCGGGUGCAUGGCUGAGCGGCUGAAGGAGAAGCUGGUGGAGCGCGAGAAGGAAGUGGAUAUUGUGGCGGGCCCCGACAGCUACAGGGACCUGCCGAGGCUCCUCAGGGUUGCCACCUCGGGUCAGGUUGGGGUAAACGUCUUGCUGUCAUUGGACGAAACCUACGCAGACGUUGUUCCUGUCAGGCUGACAGAAAAUGCCAAGAGUGCCUAUGUUUCCAUAAUGCGGGGCUGCAACAACAUGUGUACAUACUGCAUCGUGCCAUUCACGCGCGGCCGGGAACGGAGCCGCCCGGUCACCUCUAUCUUGGACGAAGUUCGGGCGCUUUCGGACCAGGGUGUCAAAGAAGUGAUCCUGCUUGGACAGAACGUCAACAGCUAUAGGGACACGUCAGCCGAAAGUCAGGCGCUGAUCGCACGCCCCGCAGCGGGGGACGGACUCCUGAGUCGCGGGUUCCGCACCGUCUACAAGACGCAGUUGGGCGGCGUGAGGUUUGCGGAUCUCUUGGACAGAGUCUCCCAGGUGGACCCCGAAAUGCGGAUCCGCUUCACGUCCCCUCAUCCGAAGGACUUUCCCGAUCAGGUGUUGGAGGUGAUCCAGGACCGGCACAACAUCUGCAAGCAGAUCCACCUGCCCGCUCAGAGUGGAAACUCCCGGGUGCUGGAGACCAUGCGCAGGGGCUACACCAGGGAAGCCUACCUCGACCUCGUGGCCCAUAUUCGCACCUUCCUGCCAGACGUGGCCCUGACGAGCGACUUCAUCUGCGGCUUCUGUGGGGAGACGGAGGAAGCCCACCGGGACACCCUAUCCCUGGUGGAGGCAGUCCAGUACGACAUGGCCUACGUAUUCCCCUACAGCCUCCGAGAGAAGACCCACGCGCACCGUCGACUUGAAGACGACGUGCCCCUGGAGGUGAAGAAGAGGCGGGUGGCUGAAGUGCUGGCCAUGUUCCGCCGCCGCGUGAAGCAGCUUCAUGACAAGGAAGUCGGAUUGCUCCAGUUGGUCCUGGUGGAAGGGGUCAGCCGACGAUCGGCCGCCGACCUGGCAGGCCGUAACGACAACAACACCAAAGUCAUUUUUCCCCAAUCCUUGAUCCCGGAGUCUUCAGGGUCUACGGUUCGGAGAGAAGUCCAACCUGGGGACUACGUGGUCGUCGAGAUUAACGAUUGCACCAGCCAGGUCCUGAAAGGCACACCCAUUCACAUCAGCUCGCUCCAAGAACAUUCGCAAAAGAAAGAACGUCUAAAGACUGUGCAAAGCUAGUCUUUUUUUUUUAUUAUUAUGUUGUGAAUAAUGUGAGAAAUAAAACUGUAUGACUUGUAA